GUUAAUAAUUAGAGCGUGUCAUAUGUGUCAGGCUCCUGUGGCGGUCAGCGAAAUAAUAAGUCUAAGUACAGUACUGUUCAUUUUUAGAUACAAUAUAUUUGCGCUUUAUCUUUAAGAACUGUUUCAUGAAAACGCAUUUAAAGUUCACGGUUGUCCCAUAGAAAAUGGCUUCGUCGUUUUGGAAAGGCGUCGUCGGCGUUGGAUUGUUUGCCUUAGCACACGCAGCUUUCUCGGCGGCACAACAUCGCUCAUACAUGCGACUUACAGAGAAAGAAAACGAAAACUUGCCAAUCGACAUUGUGCUUCAGACCUUAUUGUCGUUCGUCAUGACCUGCUAUGGCAUUGUCCACAUUGCUGGGGAGUUCAAAGACAUGGACGCCUCGUCAGAGCUCAAGAACAAGACAUUUGACACGCUGAGGAAUCACCCGUCUUUUUACCUUUUCAACCACCGAGGACGAGUGCUGUUCCGCGCCGCGGAGGAAGAGCCGUCCUCCCAGCAAGCGCUCCCCAACCCGUUACGGCUCCGCAAGCUGGAGCAUUUGCACUGAGACUGGCCUUUUCCCUUGCCUGUGAAAUUACGGCUCUAACGUCACUUAGGACUUGUUGUUGCUGUUGUCGGUAGACGGAGGGGCCAGAGUCACAACUCGCCAUCCUGUUAUUUUUUUUUUUAUUAUUAUUAUUAUUAACCAUGUAUUUGUACAUAAUGUAUCAGUCAUGCUGUACAAACAUGCACCUGUGUUGACUUAAGUAGUCACCUCCACGAGUGUGCCAACCCUUCAGUUUGUUUGUAUAUACAGUAUGAAAAUGCUUGGGAGUCUUACUUACAGCGGCCUCUCUCCAGCCAUCGUCUCUUCCUUUGCACUGAAUAUUCUCUGUAUGAAGGGUUUAAAAAAAAUCACAUUUCAUUUAAUCCAUUUGUCAUUUUUUUAUGUCAAGGCAGCAUUCAUUUUAACUUUUUUUUUGAAGAUCUCUGAUGCAGGAAGUUCCUGUUUGGCAGAGAGGAAAUGUCGAUUCAUCCAUUGAAUGCGACUCUUGACUUGGGAGCGAAAUGAUAGCGCAUCUGUUUAUUGACAUUUUGUUCAUCCAUAAUUUAAUAAAAGCAACUAUUUUACA